AUGGCCGCCGAGGCACUCCCGCGGGCCGCCGCGCCGGCGCGCCGGCCGUCCGUGGCCGCCGCUUCCGCCUCGCGCCUCCUCCUCGGCCACCGCCCCUUCCUCGCGCCGUCCGCGUCCCGCUUCGCCGCCGGGCGCGCCGCGGUGGCCGGCCCGGCCGCCAGCCUCCGCCCGCGCCCGCGCAGGCCGCGCCUCUCGGUCGUCGCCAUGGCCGGCAAUGAUCGCCAAGUGCCUUUGGAGGAUUACCGCAAUAUUGGUAUUAUGGCUCAUAUAGAUGCUGGGAAAACAACAACUACAGAGCGCAUUCUGUAUUACACUGGAAGGAACUACAAAAUUGGUGAGGUUCAUGAGGGAACAGCCACAAUGGAUUGGAUGGAGCAAGAACAGGAGAGAGGAAUAACCAUUACAUCUGCAGCAACAACUGCCGUCUGGGACAAGCAUAGAAUUAACAUUAUUGACACUCCUGGGCACGUCGAUUUCACUCUUGAGGUUGAACGUGCUCUCAGGGUGUUGGAUGGUGCCAUAUGUCUCUUUGACAGUGUCGCUGGGGUAGAGCCACAAUCUGAAACUGUGUGGCGCCAAGCAGAUAAGUACGGAGUUCCAAGAAUAUGUUUUGUAAACAAAAUGGAUCGCCUUGGAGCUAACUUCUUUAGAACUAGGGACAUGAUAGUGGCAAAUUUGGGUGCAAAACCUUUGGUGAUACAGUUGCCGAUUGGUUCAGAGGACAAUUUCCAAGGAGUUGUUGAUCUAAUAAGAAUGAAGGCUAUUGUAUGGACAGGGGAGGAACUCGGUGCACAAUUUUCAUACCAAGACAUACCUGCUGAUCUCGAAGAGUUGGCUCAAGACUAUAGACUUCAGAUGAUCGAAACUAUUGUUGAAUUGGAUGAUGAAGCUAUGGAGGGCUAUCUAGAAGGAAAGGAACCGGAUGAGGCGACUGUGAAGAGAUUAAUCAGAAAAGGAACAAUAGGUGCCAGCUUUGUCCCCAUUUUAUGUGGUUCAGCCUUCAAAAACAAGGGUGUCCAGCCAUUGCUUGAUGCUGUUGUUGAUUACUUGCCAUCACCACUUGACCUGCCACCAAUGAAGGGUACUGACCCAGAUGACCCGGAAUUGAUUCUUGAAAGACGUCCAAGUGAUGAUGAACCAUUUUCUGGGUUAGCUUUCAAGAUCAUGACUGAUCCAUAUGUGGGGUCACUAACGUUUGUCCGCAUAUACUCAGGGAAGCUGAUCGCUGGUUCAUACGUUCUCAAUUCAAACAAAGAUAAGAAGGAAAGAAUUGGAAGGCUUCUAGAGAUGCAUGCAAACAGUAAGGAGGAUAUAACAGUUGCGGUGACAGGUGACAUAGUAGCUCUUGCUGGUCUGAAAGAUACUAUUACUGGUGAAACACUCUGUGACCCAGAUAAUCUUGUAGUGCUUGAGCGUAUGGAAUUUCCUGAUCCUGUCAUUAAGGUUGCUAUUGAACCAAAGACCAAAGCUGAUGCUGAUAAAAUGGCAAAUGGACUGAUAAAGCUUGCUCAGGAAGAUCCAUCCUUCCACUUCUCUAGAGACGAGGAAACCAACCAGACAGUUAUUGAAGGAAUGGGAGAAUUACACCUUGACAUCAUUGUAGACAGAUUAAAGAGAGAGUUCAAGGUUGAGGCAAAUGUUGGAGCUCCUCAAGUCAACUACCGUGAAAGUAUUUCCAAAAUUGCAGAGAUUCAGUAUGUCCACAAAAAGCAGUCUGGUGGUUCAGGGCAGUUUGCAGAUAUUAUUGUGCGGUUUGAACCUAUGGAGGCUGGAAGUGGGUAUGAAUUCAAGAGUGAAAUAAAGGGAGGGGCAGUGCCAAAAGAAUACGUACCAGGCGUGAUGAAGGGGAUUGAAGAAAGCUUGCCCAACGGUGUCCUUGCUGGUUACCCAGUUGUGGAUCUACGAGCAGUGCUGGUUGAUGGUUCCUACCACGAUGUUGAUUCAAGUGUCCUUGCCUUCCAAAUUGCAGCCAGGGGUGCCUUCCGUGAAGGAUUGAGGAAAGCUGGCCCACGACUCCUGGAACCUAUAAUGAGGGUUGAAGUGAUUACCCCUGAGGAGCAUUUGGGUGAUGUUAUUGGUGACUUGAACUCUAGAAGAGGACAAGUUAACAGCUUCGGAGAUAAGCCAGGUGGACUUAAGUGGUUGAUGCUUUCGUGCCGCUGGCCGAGAUGUUCCAGUAUGUCAGCACUCUGA